GACGAUUGAUACGUUGGUAUAUAUACGUGACCGACGUAUGCGGCGGACACCGUAUCGCACUCGACGCCAUCCAUCAAAGCUCCUACGAUCCUCAGGAUGGCCUCCGUCUCAUUCGUGCCACGAGUAGCGCUGAUCACAGGCGCUGCUAAGGGCAUAGGCCGCGCUAUCGCCCUACGACUUGCAGACGAAGGACUGGACGUCGGCGUCAACGAUGUUGCGUCAAACGCAGAAAGGCUAUCAGAGGUGGUUGAAGAGAUCCAAGCACGAGGAAGACAAGCAUCGUCUGUGAUAGCAGAUGUUUCCGAAGAGUCUCAGGUCAAGGACAUGAUCGAGGCCGUCGUGGAGAAGCUUGGAAGAUUGGAUGCGAUGAUAGCCAAUGCUGGCAUCCCCUCUAAAGGAUCGUUGAUAGAAACCAGUGUAGAGCAUUGGGACAACGUGAUGAAGGUCAACGGGCGGGGCACUAUGCUCUGCUACAAGUAUGCUGCAAUGCAGAUGAUCAAACAGGGAAACGGUGGCAGAAUCAUCGGCGCAUCGUCCAUGAUAGGAAUACGAGGCGCACAAAGGCUGGCUCCCUACUGCGCGUCCAAAUUCGCUAUCAGAGGCCUUACACAAAGUCUCGCACUUGAGCUGAUGGAGCAUAACAUUACCGUGAAUGCGUACGCACCAGGCCUCAUCCUCACAGACAUGACCGCCAAUCCUUUGGAUGCGGCGUUCGGUGGUGCUCAUGGUGCUACGUUGAAAGCGCUACUGAAUGUCCCUCUCGACUCACCCGAAGCAGGACCAGAUGUCGUUGCAAGCAUUGUCGCCUACUUGGUCAAGCCCGAAGCAUACUUCGUAACUGGUCAAACGCUUUCCGUCGAUGGUGGACUACUUCCUCGCUAGUCACUGAGGCUUGAGGCCCUUGUCGUGAAUUCCAUCUUGUCCAUUCUUUGGUCAGCGCAAGGAGACUAUUCUAAAUCUUGACAUGUAACACACUCACGAUGCAACUGACGAGCCGAUGUCAAAGGCAACUUGGAUGCAAUGCAGAUACAAUCCCUGUCUUCCGAUUGGACUCGGUGCUAUGUCGGACAGGAGUCGGUAGCACUCACAGAUGACGCAUUGUCCUACGGUGUUCCAUGAGGAGAGAUAUCGUCGCUAGUAAGUUAGGCUAGGAGCCAGACUUACUCUUACUAUAAGCCUCAAGUCUUAGUACCCACUGUACAGUGGGUGUUAUAUAAGCUGUGUUGAGUGCAUGCUCGCGAAC